CUUCCCGCUAUUUUUGCCUUAUCUUAUACAGGAUGAACCAUCUUCGACCGGAUAGUCUAAUGUCUGGCGACGACGAACAGGCCUUGCAACUCAAUAACGCUACCCCCUGUGACACCAGCGACAUCGAGAAUAAUACCGGAUUGGGCGAUGCCGAUCGUGUCUUGGUGGCCAAAAAUGGGUACACCCCAGUUUUCAGGAGAGAAUUUGGCUCCCUGGCGACAUUUUCCUUCGCUGUAAGCAUCGGUGGCGUCUUCUCGUCAGUUGCGACGACCUUCGUCUAUCCGCUCCAAGCCGGAGGUAGCGCUGCGGUGGUUUGGUGCUGGCUGAUAUCAGGCAUCGGUUGUAUGGCAAUCGCCCUCUCUGUCUCCGAGCUCGUGUCUGCCUACCCUACAUGCGGCGGCCUUUACUAUACUGUCUCCCAACUUGCGGCCAAGAACCAUGCUCCCAUUCUGAGCUGGCUUACUGGAUGGUUGAAUAUCCUUGGGCAGCUCGCCGGCGUGGCGGCUUCCGAGUGGGGCGCCGCAGGUUUGUUGCUCGCUGUGCUGUCUAUCAGCUCCGACUUCACAUAUCUGCCUAGCGUCGAGCACGCGGUCGCUACUAUGGCUGGAAUGGUGGUACUUUCGGGCAUCGUUAAUUCGCUUUCGACGUAUUGGAUUGCAAAACUGACUAGUUCGUACGUUAUCUUCCAUGUGCUGGUACUACUGUCAUGUUCAAUUGCGCUCUUGACUAUGGCCACAACUGCGAAUGGGAACCCACGACAUACCGCGAAAUAUGUUUUUACGGAUAUUGAAAACCAAUCUGGAUGGCCGAGUGCCUGGAGUUUCAUGUUUGGGUUCUUGUCGGUCUCGUGGACCAUGUCCGACUACGAUGCGACCGCACACAUCGCUGAAGAGAUCCAGAAUCCCGAUAUUAAAGCUCCAUGGGCUAUUUCCAUGGGAAUGUUGUUCACUUUCGUCGCCGGCUGGCUCUACAAUAUAGUUCUAUGUUUUGUUAUGGGGGACAUCACGGGAGUAGACUCAAUCCUCGCGUCUCCAAUCCAACAACCUGUCGCGCAGAUCUUUUACAAUGUUCUCGGAAAGCGAGGAAGUAUCGUCUUCACCACUUGCGCGUUUAUAAUUCUGAAAUUUGGAAACAUUUCUGCUAUGCAGUCCACGACGCGUACCAUUUACGCUCUUUCCCGGGAUCGACUACUGCCAUGCAGCAAUAUCUGGACCACGAUUCUACCUACUACGGGCAUCCCGAUGAAUGCUGUUUGGUUGACAGUCGUGUUAGCCACUGCCAUCAACCUUAUUGGUCUCGGCUCGUAUCCUGCCAUCGCUGGCGUCUUCAAUGUCUGUGCCAUCGCGCUUGACUUGUCGUACUGUAUCCCCAUCCUCUGCAAAAUAUACUAUGGGCGGUUCGUACGGGGUCCAUGGCACUUAGGGAGAUAUUCUAUGCUCAUCAACAUCUAUGCCUGCCUGUGGACAUGCUUUGUAGUGGUUAUCUUCAUGAUGCCAACGAAUUUGCCAGUGACACCCGAGACAAUGAACUAUGCGGCUGUGUAUUUGAUUGCUAUAUUGAUGUUUUUAAUGGUGUACUGGGGCACGCAUGGGCGGAAGUCAUUUUCUGGACCACCGGUUGAUAGGUGUAUCUCGUGA